UUCAUCUGUAGCUUCAUGGUAGCAGCUCCCAUCUUUGGUUACCUGGGCGACCGCUUCAACAGAAAGGUCAUCCUGAGCUGUGGCAUUUUCUUCUGGUCCAUUGUUACUCUGCUGAGCUCCUUCAUCAGUAAAGAGUGCUACUGGCUGUUUGUGCUCUCCAGAGGACUGGUGGGCAUCGGAGAGUCCAGCUACUCCUCCAUCUCUCCCACCAUCAUAGGAGACCUGUUCACUAACAACAGCCGCACCAUGAUGCUCUCCGUCUUCUACCUGGCCAUCCCCCUGGGAAGUGGGCUGGGCUACAUCCUGGGCUCCAGCGCCAAGGUGGCUGCAGGAGACUGGCACUGGGCGCUGAGGGUGUCCCCACUUUUAGGGAUCACAGCGGGAACUCUGAUCCUGCUCUUUGUGCCCGAGCCGAAGAGAGGCAGCGCUGACCAGAUGGGACGCAUCAAGACCCGAACCUCCUGGGUCUGUGACAUGAAGGCACUGGCCAAGAACCGGAGCUACGUGUUCUCCUCCCUGGCGUCGGCGGCCGUGUCCUUUGCCACAGGUGCGUUUGGUAUGUGGAUUCCUCUGUACCUGGCCAGAGCCCAGGUGGUGCAGAAGACGGCAGAGGCCUGCACGAAGGAGAUCUGCAGCAGCACAGACAGCCUGAUCUUCGGCGCGAUCACCUGUGUGACGGGGCUGCUGGGUGUGGUCAUAGGAGCCGCCACCACACGACUGUGUCGCCAGAAGACCGAGCGAGCCGACCCGCUGGUGUGCGCCGUCAGCAUGCUGGGCUCUGCCAUCUUCAUCUGCCUCAUCUUUGUGGUGGCCAAGAAGAGCAUUGUUGGAGCUUACGUUUGCAUCUUUAUCGGAGAGACGCUGCUUUUCCUGAACUGGGCCAUCACAGCAGACAUUUUAAUGUUUGUCGUCAUUCCCACGCGGAGGGCCACGGCGGUCGCCUUUCAGAGCUUCACCUCUCAUCUCCUGGGCGACGCAGGAAGUCCGUACCUGAUAGGCCUGAUCUCCGACGCCCUUCAGCAGAGCUACGCUACGUCAGCACUAUGGCGGUUCCUCAGCCUGGGCUAUGCCCUCAUGCUCUGUCCCUUCAUCAUCGUGCUGGGGGGCAUGUUUUUCCUGGCCACGGCGCUGUUUUUCCUGGAUGACAGGGAGAAGGCCGAGAAACAGCUGAGCCAGCUGACACGGCCGACCUCCGCAGUCAAAGUAUGACCAGGUGACCAGCACAUGAGGGGCCUUCUGAAGGUGCAACCAACCUCAACAAGGAUGACAGAAUGGUGAUUAAAAAGCAAGGGCAGCUUCUUUAGAACCACGCUCAUGUCCUCGUCCCCCCGUCAUCCCCGCCAUGAUCAUCCUCCUGCUCUUCCUUCUACCCUCUGGCGGAGGCUGCUCAGAACUGGAAUGAGGGAGCGUCUUGCCCCUCCUUGAACGCCUCCGAAUCGCAGGCCGGUGAGAAGGUGCUCAGCUGUGUGCUGCACCAGCCUCCAGACAGCGAGCAUCCUCCUCACCUCUGUCUGCCAGGACCCACUGAACCUUCCAGGGAGGAGGUGGGGUGGACGGAUCCGCCGCGACCCCUCCCGACUCCUGAUACCAUACUACUGAAUGCUGACCAUGAACCUGCCCUGUCUGUCUGCCUGUCUGUCUCUUACGUGUCUGUCUGUCUCUUACAUCGGCUGUCAAUCUGCACCAAGUGCCAUAGCGUCAUUACAUUCCUUCAGACUUUGCACUGACCACCAACAACCCUCAUGGCUUCAUCCCCGGCCAUGUUUACAUGCACUCCGCGGUUCGGCCUGCAGAUGUGACGUGAUGAAGCCGUGCAUUCGCCUCGUUCAGCAGGUUAAAUGCCGCCCAAAGCUUCAUCGGUGUCUCUGUUGCGCCUCUGCAGAUUUUCCACCCUUCAUUCUGCCUGCCUGGCUCUCAGCACUUGGAGCCUGUAAACAGACAGAAGCUGUAAAAUUCAAGUUAUGUGGAGCAAGUGAUGCAACAGCAGCGAGCCGUGCUGGAGGAUCAGGCUCUCCAAGUGUUGUUUAUUGGUUCAAACAAGCCUCCAGUAAUGUGACUAACAUCACAUUACUCUGCACAUCGCCGUGGCAACAACAUAAAUUAUAAACAUCAAUUAAAGUUUUGUUGUGCAUGUAAACAUGGCGCCCAGAGCGUCACCAUUCAGAGGUCAGUGAAUCAGCCUUAAGAAUUGGAGCUUUCACAUCUACACGUGUUUCCUUUGAGCCCGUCUGUGUUUUUAUGUUUAGCUUUUAGCACUUACAUGCGUGUAGACAGUGCCACAGAACACGACAGAGAUUUCUGCACAUUAUUUUUCACAAGGAUUCUUGUGAUUUUUUUUCUUUUUUUCUGUGUAUGUUGGAUUUGAAACUGGAGGUUGCUGCCUAUGAUUGUUUCAGAAAGAUGAAGAUUCAGUCUGGGCGAUUUAAAGUGGACACUGGAUUAUGUAUUUAUAAUUUAUUAUACACAUGCUUUUCCCAAAAGUUAACGAUAUGCUACUCUUUUGACUUUAGAGGAGCAGCGCCUGUGUUUUUUUUUGUGUACACGAGAAGCAAUACGAAACCUUUAGAGGAAACCAACCGUUUUUUUUUUUAAUCCACACUGCCUUAUCAGUGAGCUGGGCUUCCCUUUAAAGGGGCAGCUCUCUGAUGGUUGGUUUUGAAUUUCUGCACACAACACCCACACAGAGACGGAGUCACUUUUAAUGAUGGAUUCCAGUCCAGUCCUCGCCGGUUACAAUAACAGGCUUUGUGAAAAGAGACCUUUCCCCUUCGCAGUUGUAGAUAUCCCAUUCCAUGAUUAGAAGAAAGGACCUUUGAAACGAGCCGGAGACGCAGUCGUCAGUUUAUUAGUGGGGGGGAAUCGGAAUCCCAGACAGGAGAGGAAAUCCUCCAGCCUCAGGUAUGGCUGAUGGCGAGCGCUUAGCCUUCUGAUAAACGAGGAAUUCAGCUUUGAAAUCAGCGUGUCCUCAGACAUCACAACCAGCCGCCUCCAACACCUGCACCACAAAAUGACAUAGAGAUUUACAUAAAAGUCCACCGCAGACCGUAAACAAGGAUGUGGACUCAUCACUCUAUGCAUUAAUUAGAGCAUCAAAUUGUCAUUAUGCAAAUUGAAUGCAGUCCCCCACAAACAAGAGAAGAAGUCGGCGAGGAGAGCUCCAGCUGACGAAGGUUUAGUCGUUACGAGGAUCCUCUCUGUAGAAUAUCACCCGGUGAAUACUGAAACCUUGAAGCCACUAAUGGAUUCAAAGGUUUUAAAACUCGUGCAUAAAGGGAAGAAAAGCACUUUGCAGACCUCCAAGAAAACACAGGAGGAGGAGGAGGAGGAGGAGGAUGGACUGACCUUAGCAGAGGAAGGAACAGGAGACGUUGAGGUGGUUCUUGUAGCAUGGAUGUGUGAGCAUGACUCACUGGCUGUGUGUGGGGUGCUGUGUGGGCUGUGUCCUUGCUGCCAGAUCAUUAGCUUUAGCUUCUCUCCAACUGCGUGGAGCUCUCUGAAUGUGAUUCUGUCCAACCUGACGUGUUUACACACCUUCAUCUUCUUAAUGAACUAAGCUUCUUACCUUCCUUUUAUCGAUUUUACUUUUUUUUUUUUUUUUAUUGUUACCAAAUGAGUUUUUUAAUAACUACAGUAGAGAUAUAUAUAUAUAGCUAUAUCACGCGGCAACUUUAAUAUAUUGUAAAUGAUGGCUUGGAUGCAAUGUAUUUAUUUGUUUGUUAUCAUAAUGAAGAAUAAUCUAUAAAGGGAAGUUUAAGGUUUGAGUAUAUUACACUCUGUUGUGUGUCAUUGGGUUUUAAAUGCCUAUUUGUUCAUCUUUUUGUAUCACAAUGAAACAACACAAUACCUUUUUACAUCACUAAGAUUCAUCCUGUUUACUGUGAUCAUGAAUUGGACGCGUCUCUCUCACACACAUACACAAGAAAACAAACGAGCAGUGUGGUGGUUUAUUGGUCUCAUUGUGAGGAUGCAACACGUUCGUAGCUCAUGUAUGUGUUUUUCUUUUGUUCUUUUUUUUUAAUUUAAUUUUUUUAGAACAACUGAUCAAACCAUUUUGCACACUUAAUGUUCAGGGAUUGAUUUGAACCACGGCCUAGCAGCAGCUUCAGAGCCAGUCUGUCGCUUCAUGCUCACAGUAAGUGCUGACACGUCGUCGCCCGCCACCCGAGGAGACGUCGGCUCUGGUCGGAUGGGUCAUGAAUCCAGCAUCACUUUGCCAAAAUUAAGUUGAUUUAGCACCAAUCCUUUAGUUUGUCGUAUCGAGUAAUUCUGUGUUAAUAAUCACUGAAGUGAUGUAUUGAGAAUGUGCUAUUUCUUGUCAUACAAGAAUCCUGUAUAAAGAAACCUAUUUCUGAUGUUGAGCAGAAAACAGAGGUUAUUUUUAUUUUUAGAGCAAGUCAAUACAAAAUAAGUGUCAGAGAAAUCAAAGGAUAUUAUUCUAGAACUGAACUGUGAUGCUCCCGCGGGGGGUUGAUAGAACAUGUACAUGUCUGUAAAUCAAAUAAACCUAUUUAAUCACUUCA